CUACAUUCCGAGGUCGGAGAGCACCAUGUCUGAGAAGAUCAAGAAGGCGCUCACAGUUCAAUGCAGCACCGUGAGGGAGCUGCUGGCAGAAACACUGGGAACGUUCAUCCUCAUGGUUUUUGGCUUGUCCUCUGUGGCACAAGUGGUAUUAGGAAAAGGAAACACUGGUCAGUAUCUGAGCAUCAAUAUGGCAUUUGGCAUUGGUGUUACUCUGGGAAUCCAUGCAUCUGGAGGAGUAUCUGGAGGUCAUCUGAAUGCUGCCAUCACCAUUAUGGAGUACCUUUUAGGAAACCUCACCUGGAAAAAGCUCAUAGCUUAUAUGACCGGCCAGUUCCUGGGCUCCUUUACGGCAGCAGCCACCGUCUUUGGCCUCUACUAUGAUGCUCUGUACGACUACACCAAAGGGAACUUCACAGUGACAGGACCGAUUGCCACUGCACCGAUCUUCGCCACUUACCCUGCUCCCAAUGUAUCCUUGGUGGGGGCCUUCUUUACAGAGUUCACAGCGACAGUUAUGCUGGUCCUGGGUGUUCAGGUCAUUCACGAUGAGAAAAACAAUGCAGCCCUGAAAGGCACUCAGCCCCUGAUCACCGGUAUCCUGGUCCUGGGCAUCGGCCUGGGAAUGGGGAUGAACACAGGCUAUGCCAUAAACCCUUCCCGGGACCUGCCCCCCAGGGUCUUCACAGCAAUUGCUGGCUGGGGAACAGAAGUCUUCACGGCUGGACGUAACUGGUGGUGGGUACCAGUCACAGCUCCAGUUCUGGGAAGUCUUGCUGGUGUUUUAAUGUACAAACUCUUCAUUGACUUUCACAACCAAGCUGAUGAGGAAAUUGAAAAUAAGAAAGAAGAGAGAGGUGUGGAGACUUCCAAGCUGUGACGACCACGUGCUUCGAUGACACACAGGAGGAGCACGCCGUUUGUCCAACAUGCAGAUGAGGGACUAGUCUUCAGUAAAUCCACUCUGCUUAACCAGACAAACUUGGUCUCUGAGAUAUUGGGCAGACCUGGGUAGGGUUAGACCUGACUGACCUGAAGAAAUUAUUCAAUCUCCCUGUUUAAAAAUCUACCAAAAAAACCCAAACCCAAAUGCAAUCAUCACAUUCUGAAGAAAAGCAAAGUAGAGCUGCAAGACUCCAGAUACCUAUAUAUUCAUAUAGAUCAAAAUACAGGAGUCAACAAUGGCAGAAAAAAUGUGAUUAAGUUUAUUAACACAGAACUUUGGUCUGGAAUAUUCUUUGGUAA